AUGGCGGACGACGUGAGAGCGCUGCUCGCGUCGGUCGCAGCAGAGUCGGAGAGCCGGGCUGAGCGCUGCCUGGAGCUGCUGCAAGCCAAAGACGCCACGAUUCGUCGACUGCAGAGCGAGGUGGCGGCGCUUGCUGAAGCGCCCGGGUCGAACGUCGAGGCGGUGGCACGGGUAGAUGCCGCGGUGGCGCAGCUUCUCGAGGCGGAGGCUGCCGCCGAGGCGGCCGAGGCGCGUGCCGAGGCGUCGGAGCGGGCGAGGCGCGAGGCGGUCGCCGGCCAGGAGGCGGCCGAGGCGCGCCGUGAAGCCGCAUCGCUCGCCGCGGCGCACUUGCGCAACGAGCGCUCCGCUUGGCUCGCGGCCGAGGCGCAGAGGCGCGUCGCGGAGAGCGCCGCCUUUGACCAGGCGGAGGCGUCGCUCCUCUCGCUCGCAUCGGAGGGCCUCGAGCCAGAGGGGAGCCUGGCUGCCGCGGACAACCGCGAGGCGCUUGGUGCAGCGCUCGAUGAGAUUGCAGAGCUACGCGCACAGGUCGCUGCACUCAGCGGCGCGCUCUCGGCGGCAGACAGCGACACGCGCGCAGCGACAGAGGCGGCAGCUGUCGCGACUCGGGAGGCGGCGGCUCGCGCACGCGAGGCGGCCGAGGCGACGGAGGCUGGGCGGCGGGAUGCGCUCGAAGCCGAGCUUCGCGCGGCGCGCGAAGCGGCGGCCGCGUCAGAUGAGAGAUGCGGCCGGCAGCUGGCAGAGCAGCAGCGCGCAGAGGCGCGGUUUGCGCGGCGCUACGAGGAGGAGGCCGCGGCGGCGGCGGGCAAGGAGGCGGCGCUGCGCGCUGAGAUGCGCGAGCUGCGAACCACCUCCGAGGAGGCGGCGACGGCGGCCUUUGCGGAGCUCACUGCGUCUCGCUCCGAGAUCGAGGCGAUGCAGAUCGAGCUGGCCGGCGCGAAGGCCGGCGCGGGAGCGGAGGAAGCGCGACGGGAUGAGGUGGAGGCGCUGCGCAAGGAGCUGAGCGCGGCCCGCGCGCAGGCGAGGGCGGCCGAGGAGGCGCAGCGGGGCGAGGCGGCGGCGGCGGAGGGCGACAACGCGUCGAGGGACGCGCCGCGGCGCGGGGGCUGCAGGGCGGCGGGGGCGGGUCUGGCGGGGCGGGAUCACGCGGAGCUCGAGGCGGAGCGGGCGGCGCGGCGGCCGGACGAGGAGCAGGGCGCGCCGCUUGCGGCGGAGGGCGGGGCGGCCGGCGCGGAGGCGGCCGGCGCGGGGCGCGCAGGCGUCGGAGACGGCGACCAGAGGCGCGCGGCAGCGAGGGCGGCGGGAGCGUCGAAGCGCGAGUUGCGCGCAUUGCAGGAGCAACUGCGGCAGGCGAGGAGCCGGCUUGCCGAGGCUGCGGCGGCGAACUCGGAGCGCGACGGGCUGAGCGAGGCGGUGCGUGAGAAGGGCCGCGCCCUCCGAGCAGCAACAGAGGCCCUCUCCGACGCGCGCCGUCAGCUGUCGACCGAGCGCUCCGAGCGGCGCGAGCUCGAGGCACGGCUCGCGGCGGCGCAGUCCGAGAGCGCCACGGCCGGAGACGCGUCCGCUCGGGCGCGCGCCGAGGCGCGCGCGCGUGACGCCCUGCUCAAGCAGGCGCGCGCGAAGCUAGACGAUGCGAAGGCGGCAGAGGAGAGGCUGCUCGAGGAGCGGCCGCGCUUGCUGCAGCGGGCGGCCAAGGCCGAGGCAGAGUUGCGUGGUAAGGAGCAGCAGCUCGGCGAGGCGGAGCGGAGGCUCGCCGCCGCCGCCGCCGCGGCGGCGCGGGAGGAGGAGGCGCGAGGCUCGGCGGCGGCGCGAGCCAACCGUGCCACCCGGGCGAGGCUUCGCGAGGCGGAGGAGGCGACACGCGCUCUCCGGCGGGAGCACGCGCGCGCGCUCGCCGACGCCUCGGACAGCGAUCGCGCCGCGGAGGCCGCGUGCGCCGCGCGACGCGCGACGAGCGAGGUCGUGCGCAGCUUGGCGGCUGCGCUUCUCGCCGAGCCAGCCUCGCCGGCCCGCGCUGGUGGGCCUCAGGGGUCUACGGCGGACGCGGCGGCGGACGCGGCGGCGGACGCGGCGGCGGACGCGGCGGCGGACGCGGAAGAGACGAGGCGGCAGAUCGAGGCGCUGUCCGCGGAGCUCCUCGAUGCGCCGGCGUCUCAACUCGGGAUACCGCUUGGGACGCCGGCACGCGGCGGCGGCCCUCCCGCCGCUCCGAGCCCACGCACCAAGCAAGGAAGACGGGGCCGUCUGGCCAUGACCGCCGAGGCGGCGGCGGCGGCGGCAAGGAUCGACGCGGCUCUCGAUGCCGAAGUGCCCGAGAGCGGCGCGCUCGAGGCGACCCUCAAGUCGCUGCUCGCACAGCACGUAGAGCGAGCGUGCGCCCGCCCCGAACGGUCAGCCAGGAGCGCCGGAGCGCCCUCUUUUGAGUGGAGAGUCGCGUCGUAA